CAGUUGUCAGUUUGUUUACAUCCAAAGAAGAGGGAGAUGGCAGACACACAGUGGUCUUCUAGGAAAGCCUCAGGAACACACUGGUGGUCGAGUGCCACAAAAUAAGAAAGCAGAGCCAAGAAAUGCGUGAAGGAAGGCAGGAGAGUGACCGAAGAGGCGACUCAGAGCGUGCAGUAACUCAGGAACACCAGCAGACCUCCUGCCUGGCUGCCACCACCGCGGCCAGCCCCCAGACGCCCCACCACGCCAGCAGGGGCCUCUCCGGCACGGGACAGUCUGAUCGGCUGACCGUCACUGGUGCCAGGCAGAGUCCAGGCUGCACGCCCUGCUCGUCGCCAACCAAUCUUGUUGUGUCCAUGGCGUGUGCUGGUGGGAGUGGUGCUGUGGUGGAGGCCGUGAGGCCGGGCAGCAGCAUGAGUGGCCAGCAGCAGCAGCAGCAGCAGCAGCCAGCCUCAGGUGUGGAGAGGCGCAGGCAUGGUGGCAAGAAUCACCUGGAGGCAGGCAGCUCUGUCCACAGAGGAGAGAGCAAGUUUGAGUGCCAGCAGUGUGACAAAACUUUUGUAUCCAGACAAGGCCUUGACUACCACACCCUGACACACAGUGGUGUUAGAAAAUAUGAGUGUGGCGAGUGUGGGAGGAAGUUUUCCCUCACCUCACACACUGUGAUACACAGUGGUGCUAGAAAUUAUGAGUGUAAUGAGUGUGGCAAGAAAUUUAUCAGUAAGUCUAACCUCACCAGACACAGCCUGACACACAGUGGUGUUAGAAACUAUGAGUGUGAUGAGUGUGGCAGGAAAUUUACCAGAAAGUCUAUCCUCACCAGACACACCCUGACACACAGUGGUGUUAGAAAUUAUGAGUGUGCUGAGUGUGGGAAGAAAUUUACCAGAAAGUCUCACCUCACCACACACACCCUGAUACACAGUGGUGUUAGAAAUUAUGAGUGUUAUGAAUGUGGGAGGAAAUUUAUUUCAAAAUCUGACCUCACUGCACACAUCCUGACACACAGUGGUAUUAGAAAUUAUGAGUGUGACAAGUGUGGCAGGAAGUUUACCAGAAAGUCUCACCUCACUAGACACACCGUGACACACAAUGGUGUUAGAAAUUAUGAGUGUGAUGAGUGUGGCAAAAGAUUUGGCACCACAUACCAUCUCAAUCAACACGUCUUCAGACACACUGGCUUGAGGGAGUUCAAGUGUGAUGUUUGUGGCAAGUGUUUCAAGACAAAGGGUGAUAUUGCCCACCACAUGAGGAUCCACUUCUGAGGUGGUGUGUUGUGUGUGGAUGUGUGGGGCCACACCCAUGCCUGUGGUGGUGGCGGUGGUGGUGGUGUGAGGGAGUAACAGCCCCAGCAGUUGUUUUGUUGGCAGUGCAGGUGUGACCUUCAAUAAAUGUGUGUGUAUAACAUAA